ACCACGCGCCAGCACCGGCGGGCCAAGAUGGCGGCGCCCAGCGGUACCGGUGAUGGCGGCGCGGCCCGGUACUGCCUGGUGAGUGGCAUCCCGGCCGCGCUGCGCUCCGCGCACCUCCGCGCCUACUUCAGCCAGUUCCUGGAGACCGGCGGCUUCCUCUGCUUCCACUACCGGCACCGCCCCGAGCGCCCGCCAGCGGGCGGCGGCGGCGGGGCCUCGGCGCCGCGCACUUGCUCCUGCCUGGUGUCCGUGCGGCCCGGCCGUGCCCGCCGCUUCGUCCGCAUGUACUCGGGCAAGCGCUGGGUCGGGCCCGGCGGCGCCACGCUGCCCGGCCGCUGCCUCAUCCGCAGGGUCCGCCUGAACCCCGGGACAGGACCCCAAAACCAUCCCUUCUGCCCUGCAGGCCCCCCAGAUCCUCCCUGCUCCCCUGCAGGCCCCAGGGCUCCUCCGGGCAGGCAGGAGCAGGUCGGGGCGGCUGCCGGCGCGCCGGUCACCGAGGCGGAGUUGAAGCGGCUGCCCGAGUUCAACCCCCCCUCCUUCAUGCCCUUUGGGAACGUGGGCACCCCCCUGCGCGUGUUCCUGGAGCUGAUCCGGGCCUGCAGGCUGCCCCCCCGCCUCAUCACCAAGCUGCAGCUGGAUUUUCCCAGGACUGGCUCAUGCCGCAGGUACGGGAAUGUGCCCUUCCAAUACCAGGACACUGAGACGGUUGUUGAGGAGGAAAGAGUUUACACGGCUGCAGGGGAUGAGAUCACCGAGGGAGAGGAGCCCGUGGGGGUGACUCAGCCGGCCCAGCCCCAGGAGGAUGAGGAGGGGCAGGAGCAGGAGGAAGAGGAGUCGAACUCAGAUGAUGACGAUGACACAUGUGAGGAGUGGCAGCGGCAUGCAGCGCUGCACGAGGACGUGACGCAGCAGGAGCGGGUGCGGGAGCGGCUCUUCGAAGAGGAGAUCGAGCUCAAGUGGGAGAAGGGCGGCUCUGGCCUCGUGUUCUACACAGAUGCCCAAUUCUGGCAGGAGCAGGAUGGAGACUUUGAUGAGCAGACAGCCGACGACUGGGACGUGGACAUGAGCAUCUACUAUGACAAAGAUGGAGGGGAUAAGGAUGCCCGGGACUCGGUGCAGAUGUGGCUGGAGCAGCGGCUCCGGGACGGGCUGGAGGACGGCUCUGUGGCAGGGCAGCACAUUGGUACCUUCGAGAGGUACACCAAGGGCUUUGGCAGGAAGGUCCUGGAGCAGCAGGGCUGGACAGAGGGGCUGGGCCUGGGGAGCAGCAACUCUGGCAUGGCCGAAGCUCUGGACAACGAGGGUCAGAACCCCCGGUGCAAGAGGGGGCUGGGGUACCACGGGGAGAAGCUGCCAACUUUUAUCAGGAGGAAGAAGCCUCGGGGUGAUACUUCUGUUGUCAUCUCCACCAUCUACGAUGACCCUGAGCCCCAGGACAUGGGUGACCAGCUGCUCAGGCGCCAGCCCCCCACGGCCAUGAAGUACAGGCAGGACAUGGCCUUUGUCCGAGCGUCCCAGCCCACCCUGGGCAGCCUCAGGGCCCAGCCACGCUGAGCAGGGACUGUCACAGCCUUUGUCCUGCUCCCCAGUCCAGGCUGGCUCCUGGUCUGAGUGUGGAGCAGGGUGUUUUUAUAUUUAUUUUUAGUAAAAAUACAGAUUUGUAAUAAAAAGCGAUGCGGUGAGGGAUUUUUCCCCACUAAUUGAACCCUUCAAAUGAAAGGAAAUGGUGUUGUGUGUGAAUGGGGAAGGGUUUAGGAGGGCUAACACUUAUAUUCAUGCUGGGAUCAACCAAAUGUGCGUUUGAAGAAGCAGAACUUGCAGCUGAGGGCGGCCUGGGAGGCAGGGAAGGACAAGUACAGACAGGGCACAGUCACUGUCCUGCUGCUGCCGAGCGUUCCUCGGGCGUGGCCGUCCCACAGCGCUGGGAGAG